AAAACUGCCUGAUUUGUCCUCUCAUUCGAUGACUAUUGCUCCAUGUCAAUCCACAUACCGCAAAUAACAUUUACGUGGAAUGCCAAUUAAUAGUAAUGCCAGUUCAAUGUGUAAUAUGGUCAGUUGAUAAGAAGUCGUAGGCUUAAAGGCACUUGUAUAAAGCGAACUGAAAUACCGGUGCAUCAUUUACAACCAAUUUGAGUUACUUCCCAUGCUUUAAACGAUUAAAUUUAGCCGGAAAUUAAUAUUUUCAUCACGACGCGAGGCUGCAUAGUGGAUAAAAAAGGUGAGGGUUGAGUUUGAGUUGGUGGUGCUCGGAGUUGGCCGAGUUGCUUUCAUUCACGAAAUCUCGGCCGUCGGAGACGAGCAGAGAGCCUGCUGCCCACAACAUUUCAAAAAUCCUCAAACACAAAAAAACGAGGUUUUAUAAUUAUUAUGUUUUACUGGAAAUAAUACGUGGAGGAACUUUAGGACGACAAUUAAGAACAAGCAGCUGUUGUUUUUGGAUGGUGAAAAGUUUCCUCUUUGACAUUUUUUCCUUCUCUGUGAAGACAACAGCGAAUAGUUUAUUUGCGUAAAAUAUGUCGUUUAUAACAAACCCAACUUUGUUAUUUAGUGUCAAAAAUUAAAAAGUGUGUGAAAUCAUGUGUCUAUUCUCGGACAUAACUUAUAAUACAAGUGAUUGGUAAUAUUGUAUGGAUCUCGAAAGUCAUGGAUUGAUUUAACUAAAUGGAUUUGAAUUUUGGAUGCAAUUUUGAAGAGCGAGCCUCAAGACGUUGCUGGUGAGAAUCAUAUAAAUCAGUUGUUUGACUAAAUCCGUUAACACCGGCAACAAUCAUCCUCUUGAUAAAAGUCAUCAAACACAAUGGAAAUGGAUACGAGUGGAGAAUAUAAAAUCAACGCAGUACUUAGUGCAGAAGAAGAAUUGAAUAAUAUUUAAUUGAAGAAAGAGAGAGAGACGUAGGAAGAUUGCCAUUACGAGAGCAACAUCAAUGCAACAUCUUCAUAAAGUAGGAAGUUCAAGUUCGCACACUAUAUACUCACUCCGUUACUUUUGCUAUCAAUUGGUAUUGUAUUCUGAUUGUGCAUUCUAUUUGGACGCAACUCUUACAACAAGCAAGCAUUAGUAAAAAGCAACUGGUUCUUACUUACUCAGCACUCUACGCUGCUUUGUUGACCACUGAAGUGUUUUGCUACAAGUUUGAAUCUUUGAAUCUCGGUUUUUAGUGUGAGAAAUAAUUCAAAAAGACUCACUGUGGCGUAAAAAAAUACGUUGGAAGGAAACAGCUGAGUAUGACUGACUGUGCUUAAUCAGAUCUAACCACAAUUUUAUCAGAUUCAAAGAAGAAUAGUAAGAAAAAGUCGGUGCGUUUGAGUGCGUUAUAGUGAAAUUUUGAUAUCUUGCUACAAAUGUAAAGGCAAUGAAAUUAAGAGGAACAAUGGCGAGUAAUAACAAUAACAGGGACAAUAACAAGCUUCCGGCUUCUUCGCAAAAUAACAUCACUUCUCUGUUCUCCAAAAUACAUGGAGCGUUUUCGGAAGCAAUGUCCCCACCAAAGCUCAUCAUUGGUUUGGACAUCACACCUCGAAGGAUGGCCAAGACAUGGAAGCUUAUGGACAAAGUCGUUAAGCUUUGCCAACAUUCUAAAAUGAACUUGAAAAACUCUCCACCAUUCAUUCUGGACAUCUUACCUGACACAUACCAGCACUUGAGGCUAAUUUAUACAAAAUACGAGGAUAAAAUUUUAGUCCUCAACAACAAUGAGUAUUUUCGCUUAUUUAUCGAAAAUUUACAAAACAAGUGCAAGCAAGCAAUCAAGCUAUUCAAAGAGGGGAAAGACAAAAUGUUUGACGAAGCUUCACAUUAUCGAAGAAAUCUGACCAAGCUGUCUCUCGUGUUCAGCCAUAUGUUAAGCGAGCUUAAAGCUCUCUUUCCAAACGGUGUAUUUAGCGGCGAUCAGUUUAGAAUUACUAAGGGAGAUGCUUCUGAUUUUUGGAAAGCUAAUUUCGGGAAUAGAACUGUAGUGUCGUGGAAGCAAUUUCGUCAAAUCCUGAGUGCUGUUCAUCCUAUUAGUACUGGUCUAGAAGCAAUGGCCCUUAAAUCCACUAUCGAUUUGACCUGCAAUGAUUAUAUUUCGAAUUUUGAGUUUGAUGUUUUCACAAGACUCUUUCAACCGUGGUCUACAUUGCUACGAAAUUGGCAAAUUUUAGCUGUAACACAUCCUGGAUACGUAGCCUUUUUGACAUACGACGAAGUGAAAGCAAGACUUCAAAAGUACAUUACAAAGCCUGGAAGUUAUGUAUUUCGACUGAGCUGUACUCGUUUGGGUCAAUGGGCGAUAGGCUAUGUUACGGCUGAUGGAAAUAUUUUACAGACAAUUCCACAGAAUAAAUCAUUGUGCCAAGCUCUUCUCGAUGGAUAUCGGGAAGGAUUCUAUUUAUACCCUGAUGGAAGGAAUGUAAAUCCUGAUUUAUCGCUCACAGUGCAACUGACACCUGAAGAUCAUGUCAAAGUUACACAAGAACAGUAUGAAUUGUACUGUUUUAUGGGAUCAACCUUCCAACUUUGCAAAAUAUGUGCUGAAAAUGAUAAAGAUAUUCGGAUUGAACCUUGUGGCCACCUUCUAUGUACUCCAUGUUUGACUUCGUGGCAGGAGUCUGAUGGAGUGGGCUGUCCAUUUUGCAGAGCAGAAAUUAAGGGAACAGAAUCUAUCGUGGUAGAUCCGUUCGACCCUCGUCGUCAACAUAAGGCUGGAUCCACGGGGAAUUUAGUUGAUUUGGAAGAUUUGGAAGACGAGGAUGGAGGAAGCUGGAAUCAUGUUAACAACUCUUUACAAGCGCUUGCUCUUUCUCCGAGGUCAGAAACGCCAGAUACAAGGUGUUCGAGUCACAGUCCUGGAACUACGCCUCGCGAAUCGCCAAGGUCGGGACGAAAGGAUAACACCGAGUUGGACUUGGCAUUUAGGAUAAAAACACGACCGGUACCGGAGCCAUCCACCUUGGAUGCUUGCGUUGUAUCUUUCACUGAGAAUAGUGCAAGCACCAGUGGUGUUGGUAGCAGUGCGAGCAGUAAUAGCAGCGGAAGUGGUGGAACCGUAGCAAUAGGUCAAGUUCCAAAUCAGUCGUCUACAGAUGUUGGACCUCCAGCACCUCCACUUCCACCGAGAAAAGCAUCCCCAUCUAGAAUUCCGGUGCCACAGAAAGCAGAGUCCCCUCAAAUUUCAUCCAGACCAAGGGAGAAUAAAGGCGGAGAGUUUCCAAAGUCAUCACACCCUGGUCCAAAAAUACAUCCUCGACCAGAGACCAGAGUAGGAAAUGUACCAAGAAAUGGGGAUGGAGAAAUUUCAAACAGUGGAGUACAAAUUACCAAUUCAACAUCAGUAUUAGACAGAGGAGAAGCGACCGAAAACGGUUACGAUGUACCCAAAGUGCCUCAGAAUUUAAGUAGUGUUAAUCUUAACGCUGCCAGUAUUUCGUCAAGUGCUCAUCCAAUCCCUUCAAGCAAUAGUGGACCCGCAAGAAGUGCAGAGAGUUGUUUGCGAAUGCCUUGCCAACCUUCUGGUCAAAUGAGAUCCCCUGCUGUUCUCCAAGUGAAUCAAUCGCAAAUUCGCCACGCAUCAUGUCCAUCGUUAAACAAUGCACAAUCAAUUCAUCUCGUCGCACCAAAGUCUUGCCCCUCGUCGGCUGUAGUUUCACCUAAUUCUAGUCAUCAGCUUUUGUUGCCUAUUAAUAUUUCGUCGUCUCCUGUGCUUCCUAAAGCCAACCCUAACCCUAACCUUCCAUAUAAUGGAUCAAGCAACGCAUUACAACUGGGCGCUGUCGGUAGUGGAAAUAUUUCUGGUGGAAAACCUGCUCCUUCAAUCCUUCAGCCGAUGAGACAUUCCCUGCAUCCACAAUGUUCCGGCAAGGAAAGAACCCCCUCGUCAAGUUUUUCAACCAGAGUUGUGGUUAGUGGGAAAAAGUCGUCGUCGUCUGCAGUUGUGUCACAAUCCUCUGGAGAUGCUCUCGUCAUGAGCCGAAACGUGCCUAAUUCCACGAGUAAGAUAGUUCCUCUAGUUCCUGGCACAGGCACUCAAAUCAACGACUCAGCAAUAAAUGUGCCAAUGCUUUUGGCUGGUCCAAGCUCUUCUCAAUACCCGGUAGAAGUAGAAGGUCACAACUAUGAAAAUACUGGAGGAGGUGGACGGGGAUUCAGAUCACAGGACCAUAAUGAAAUGCGAGGGAAAAUGCGAGAACUUGUUGACAAAGUCGCAAUUGAUGAUUCGACAUCAUAUGAAAAUAUUAAUAUGGAUUACAUUUCACGACUAACGGGAGAGGGGUUUCCGCAAGAUUUGGUAAUUAGAGCGUUAGGAAUUAGUCGCAAUGACAUUGAGAUAUCUCGUGAUAUUUUACGUGAAUUUGGAACUAGAGCCUCAUCUUGAAAAAAAUUAAUAAUUCGCACUGUCAGCAAUACUUUCCUUGAGGAGGAGCUUCCGGGUAUGUAGUAGGGGUUCGAUUGUGUAACAUUUUGUUGAAAAUGUUAUUGUCGUCUGUUAUUGAGUCUAUUCAAGUCUAGUCUUAUGGAAAUCAAAUACGUUGUCCGUUCUGUAGGCCAACUGCCUGCUAGUGACUCGGUUCUUCUGUGUAAAUUGUUAUUUUCAAAUAAGACUGGUAAAAAAAGAGGAUGGAGCAGAACGAAUGCAAAAUAAAUAAAAUUAGCCACCACACAUGUCAGACACCUUAUACAUUAAAUAGUUUAAGAUACACACUGCACCUUAUAAAAAUCUAUGCCAAAAUCAAAGUCACAAAUCCAAGACUUAGUAAACUAGACUCGUUAUUAGUAAUCCGUAUGUAUUUAUAAUAGAUAUUGUGAAUUUUAUAUUUAUCAUAAUCGAUCUUCGCUCAGCCAUACAUAAAUAUGUAGUAAUAUUUAUUUACGGUUCUUGUAUUUUACCUCAGCGUACAAAGACCCACCUUGUCGUUGCCUGUAAUUUUUUAACUCUCGCUACAGAAUAUAGUUGCAUUAUGAUUAUAUUUAUAAACAUAAUAUUCUUAUUAAAUAUUAUGGGCAAGCACGUCAGAAAGGGGCAGUUAAGACGAGAUUGUGAAAUGCCAAGCAGAGACUGAUUCCUGAAAAAAAGUAUUUUUACAAAUUGUAACUUUUGUUCUGUCUCCACUACCACUGUUGUCUGACUGAUGAACUUUCACCACAAUAUAUACAAAAAUUAUUUACGUGACCAUCUUUUAUCCCAAUUAAACUCCAAAAUCUUGCGCUAAAUUAAUCCUUUUCUAAAGAGUUAGUUUCAUAUUAAAUUCAUUUUGAAAAUAUACAAAACUUGAGUAUUUAUGAUGAAAUUCUAUAUAGUGUACAACAAACCAUUGUUAAAAUGUAUUUUCCUUACCUUUCACUCUCUGUAAAUAUAGUCAAUGCAAUGCCAAAAGGGUAUGUAACUAUCUUUUUACGUACACAUGUCGCCACCAUACUAUACGUCUAAAAAUAUUGUGAAUCACCACUUGACAAAGGUAUAUAUGUACAUGGUUCUAACUACUAAAACCAUUUUAACGUUCAUAUUCGCCUCGUUCAAUAAUUACUACAUAUGCAAUUCUCCCUGUAAUACUUACAUGUAUAACCCAACAAGCAACCCCAAACUUUCAGCGUAAUAAUGUUGAUAAUUAAAAAGUUCGACCAAUUACUGUGGUAGUUGGUGAUUUAUUAUUAAAUGAAAUAUAAUAAAUAUAUGCUUUGUCAAAUA